CGCCCGGCUGCCCCGUGCCCAUCCGCAGCUGCAAGUGCUCGGGGGAGCGGCCCAAGGGGCUCGGCGGCGGCGGCGGCGCCCCCAACCCGGCGCGCAGGAGGGUGGUGUGCGGCAGCGGGGACCUCCCGGAGCCUCCGGAGCCCGGCCUCCUCCCGAACGGCACCGUCACGCUACUCCUGAGCAACAACAAGAUCACUGUGCUCCGCAAUGGAUCCUUCCUGGGACUGUCCCUGCUGGAGAAGCUGGACCUGAGGAACAACGUCAUCAGCACGGUGCAGCCGGGAGCCUUCCUGGGCCUGGGGGAGCUGAAGCGCUUAGAUCUCUCCAACAACCGGAUCGGCUGUCUCCCCUCCGACACCUUCCAAGGCCUCCCCAGGCUUGUCCGGCUGAACAUAUCUGGAAACAUCUUCUCCAGCCUGCAACCCGGGGUCUUUGAUGAGCUGCCAGCCCUUAAGGUCGUGGACUUUGGCACUGAGUUCCUGACCUGCGACUGCCACCUAGGCUGGCUGCUCCCCUGGGCCCGGAAUCACUCCCUGCAGCUGUCCGAGCGCACACAGUGUGCCUAUCCCAGUGCCCUGCACGGCCGCACCCUGGGUGCCCUACAGGAGACACAGCUCCGCUGCGAGGGGGCCCUGGAGCUGCAUACCCACCACCUCAUCCCAUCCCUGCGCCAAGUGGUGUUCCAGGGCGACCGGCUGCCCUUCCAGUGCUCCGCCAGCUACUUGGGCAAUGACACCCACAUCCGAUGGUACCACAACCGGGCCCCAGUGGAGGGAGACGAGCAGGCAGGCAUCCUCCUGGCCGAGAGCCUCAUCCAUGACUGUACCUUCAUCACCAGCGAGCUGACUCUGUCUCACAUCGGCGUGUGGGCCUCAGGCGAAUGGGAGUGCUCCGUGUCCACGGUCCAGGGCAAUGCCAGCAAGAAGGUGGAGAUCGUGGUGCUGGAGACCUCUGCCUCCUACUGCCCUGCCGAGCGCAUUGCCAACAACCGCGGCGACUUCAGGUGGCCUCGAACUCUGGCGGGCAUCACGGCCUACCAGCCCUGCCUACAGUAUCCCUUUACCUCCGUGCCCUUGAGUGGAGGUGCCCCAGGCACCCGAGCCUCCCGUCGCUGUGACCGGGCUGGCCACUGGGAGCCGGGGGACUAUUCCCACUGCCUGUACACCAAUGACAUCACCAGGGUGCUGUACACCUUCGUGCUGAUGCCCAUCAAUGCUUCCAAUGCACUGACCCUGGCCCACCAGCUGCGAGUGUACACGGCAGAGGCUGCCAGCUUCUCGGACAUGAUGGAUGUAGUCUACGUGGCUCAGAUGAUCCAGAAAUUUUUGGGUUAUGUUGACCAGAUUAAAGAGCUGGUGGAGGUGAUGGUGGACAUGGCCAGCAACCUGAUGCUGGUGGACGAGCACCUGCUGUGGCUGGCCCAGCGCGAGGACAAGGCCUGCAGUGGCAUCUUGGGCGCCCUGGAGCGCAUCGGGGGUGCUGUCCUCAGCCCCCACGCCCAGCACAUCUCUGUGAACUCCAGGAAUGUAGCGCUAGAGGCCUACCUCAUCAAGCCACACAGCUACAUGGGUCUCAGCUGUACAGCCUUCCAGAGACAGGAGCUGGGGGUGGUGGGGCCAAGGCUGGGCGGCCCUGGCCACAGCACCCCACCUGAGCCCGAGCUCCUCGCUGACCAGCACCUCCGCUUCCGCUGCACCACCGGGAGACCCAACAUUUCCCUGUCAUCCUUCCACAUCAAGAACAGCGUGGCCCUGGCCUCCAUCCAGCUGCCACCCAGCCUCUUCUCAUCCCUUCCGGCUUCCCUGGCUCCCCCGGUACCUCCAGACUGCACCCUGCAACUGCUGGUCUUCCGAAACGGCCGCCUCUUCCGCAGCCAUGGCAACACCUCCCGGCCCGGAGCUGGCGGGCCUGGCAAGAGGCGUGGUGUGGCCACCCCUGUCAUCUUCGCGGGCACCAGUGGCUGUGGCGUGGGGAACCUGACCGAGCCAGUGGCUGUGUCUCUGCGACACUGGGCUGAGGGGGCCGAUCCCAUGGCAGCCUGGUGGAGCCAGGAGGGGCCCGGGGGCUGGAGCUCAGAAGGCUGCCAGCUGCGCUCCAGCCAGCCCAACGUCAGCUCCCUGCACUGCCAGCACCUGGGCAGUGUGGCUGUGCUCAUGGAGCUGAGUGCUUUCCCCAAGGAGCCUGGGGGCUCUGGGGCCGGGCUGCACCCUGUCGUGUACCCCUGCACAGCCCUGCUGCUGCUCUGCCUCUUCUCUACCAUCAUCACCUACAUCCUCAACCACAGCUCCAUCCACGUGUCCCGGAAGGCGUGGCACAUGCUGCUGAACCUAUGUUUCCACAUGGCCAUGACCUCUGCCGUCUUUGCAGGAGGCAUUAUGCUCACCAAUUACCAGAUGGUCUGCCAGGCGGUGGGCAUCACUCUGCACUACUCUUCACUGUCCACCCUGCUGUGGAUGGGGGUGAAGGCGCGAGUCCUGCAUAAGGAGCUCACCUGGAAGGUGCCCCCUCCACAAGAAGGUGACCCUCUGCCACCUGCUCCCCAGCCCAUGCUCCGGUUCUAUUUGAUUGCCGGAGGGAUCCCACUCAUCAUCUGUGGCAUCACAGCUGCGGUCAACAUCCACAACUACCGGGACCACAGUCCCUACUGCUGGCUGGUGUGGCGUCCCAGCCUCGGCGCCUUUUACAUCCCGGUGGCUUUGAUUCUGCUGAUCACCUGGAUCUACUUCCUGUGUGCAGGACUGCACUUACGGGGUCCUCUGGCAAAGAGCCCGAAGGGCGGCGGCAGCAGGAUCUCCCUAGAGCCAGGGGAGGAACUGAGGGCUUCCACCAGGCUCAGGAGCAGCGGCGCCCUCCAGAGUGACUCAGGUUCCCUGCUGGCAACCGCGAGCACAGGGGUGGCGACCCCAGGUUUCCCGGAGGACUGUGACGGCCUCUAUUCCCCAGGAGUCCAGCUGGGGGCGCUGAUGACCACGCACUUCCUGUACCUGGCCAUGUGGGCCUGCGGGGCUCUGGCCGUGUCCCAGCGCUGGCUGCCACGUGUGGUGUGCAGCUGUCUCUAUGGAGUGGCGGCCUCGGCCCUGGGCCUCUUUGUCUUCACGCAUCACUGUGCCAGGCGCAGGGACGUCAGGGCCUCCUGGCGCGUGUGCUGUCCCCCGGCUUCUCCCUCGGCCCCCCACGCUUCAACCCGUGCGGUGCCCACCACCAUCGAGGACGGUCCCUUUGUGGUGGCCGAGGGGCCCGGGUCCCUCCAGUCCUCCCCGAGCGGCAGCAGCGGGCCUUGCAAGCUCACCAAUCUGCAGCUGGCCCAGAGUCAGGGGUGCGAGAUGGGGAUACCCCGCGGGGAUGGGGACCCGGAGCCCACGGGUCCCCGGGCGGGCCUGGCCCCACGCCACCCCAACAACGUGCACCACGGGCGCCGCGCGCACCGGAGCCGAGCCAAGACGCCCCGCGCGGGGGAGGCGGGCGGCAGGAGCCGGCUGCGGGCGGUGCGGGCGGGCGCGAUCCCCGGGGCGCCAGAGCCGCCUUCCAGCGAGAGCGGCAGCCUGCGCCGCAGCCCUAGCGACAGCCACCCGCCCGAGGGCGAGGCCGCGCUCACGCUGUCAGAAGGCAGCGACACGAGUGCCGCGCCGGCCCCUGAGGCCGGGCGGCCGGGCCAGCGCCGCAGUAUCAGCCGCGACAACCUCAAAGGUGGCGGCGCGCCGGAGAAGGAGAGCAAGCGGCGCUCGUACCCGCUCAACAGCGCCAGCCUGAACGGCGCGCCCAAGGGCAGCAAGUACGACGACAGCGCCGCCUGCGUGGAGGCGGCGGGCAGCGGCUGCAUGAAGACAGGCCUCUGGAAGAGCGAGACCACCGUCUAGGGCCGGCCGCCGCACGCUAGGACGAGCCGCAGCGGGCUGUUACCGGAGCUGGAGCCCGGGCCCGGCCGCACAGCGCAGUCAGCAGGGCCGAGGGUGCUGCCCGGCCGAGGCUGGGGAGAGGCAGUGGUCUACUGCUUGCCUGCAGGGCCACCCCUCUGCGGUAGUAAUACCCCGGAAACACGCUUGAUAAACUUCCGUCCAGCUCAGGCCAGUUUUAAGGUUAAGCUCUAGGAGCCCUCCCAGGUAGGCUGAAAGCCCUGUCGGUCUGAGUGGGGGAGCACAGUUCAGCCAGGACGGGCUCCUUCCCAAGCGCCCCAUGUUCCUGCGCACGGGGCCUCCGGCUACUGCCAGCCGCCCAGGAAGACAGGACAGGAGCUUGGGUCCGCCCUGACUGCCUAGCUCGGGGGAACCUUGCUCCUCCCGAGGCUCUGGCUCCGUGAGCCACCCUAGCACGCGAGCCACUGCCAGGCCCAGGGUGGUAUUACCUGGUGCUGCUCUUAAGAUUAGCUAUGCAAGAGGGGACAGUGGGCGAAGGGCAGCUGUGGAGAUCAACCAGUUCUGUAAGAGCAAGGCAGGUGGGAAUGGCACGCAGUCAGAGGCAACACCACUCCGUGACUGGUACCCACGCAGGACCCAGCACUCAGAACACAGCCUAGGCGCCCCCACCUGCAAAGCUGACUGCAGGUGGCCACUAACUGUAGGAAAGUGGAGGCGCCCACACCUGGAUUCGGGCAGGAAUGAAGGAACAGUGCUCUGAAGAUGGCUCCACCGUAACGCUGCUGCUGCCGCCGGUGGUUUGGAGAAGCCCUUCUGUUCAGUUACAAAACCGUCUCCACCUUCCACGCAGGGGACACAGGAAGACCACCUCCUUGCCUCUGUGAGGCCAUAUGGAAGAAGCACCCCAAUAAUGCAGUCUCUAACUCCACGGUAGGGAGAAACCUCCAAGAUGUCAAAACAGCUUCUGACUCGAAGAAGCCCGAGCCAAGCCCUGAGGCAGGGACGGGUUCCUGCAGCUCAGGGGUCUGUGCCUUCACUACUUUGAAACACCAGCACCCGGACCUUUCCCAACCUAAUAUGCAAACACCAGCCUUACUAUAGGACCAACACAAGUGGAGGGAACCCCGGACCCUAUGAAGAGCAAUGGGACCCAGGUCUGGCCCAGGUCCCCUCCCAGCCUCCAUGUCCCCCGGCCUAAUCACCACGUGGAAAGGACACAGGGAGAAGAAACUUCUGCUCCUUGAGAUAGGUCCUGUUAUUUAUGCUUGCUGCACAGACAAUAUUAGGGGAAAAUAAGCUUUGUAUUAUUCUUCCACAUACGCUGGCUGCUGUUUACAUACCCUGCCAAUGCCUUAGCACUGGAGAGCUUUUUGCAAUACGCUGGGGAGAGGGAGGGAGGGAAUGAAAAGUGCCAAAGAAAACAUGUAUUUAAAAGCUCCGAUUUUAUACAAUAGAAUGUUUUCUAGCAGA